GAAACCCAAAACCGUAUGUUUGAGGAUGUGUUGCCGAUCGGCGAUGUACAUGCUUCCACUGAGGCACCUUUCGAGAUAAGAUAAAGACGGGCACCUUCGAUACAUGCCGAUCGCAUGAGCGCUAGCCGGGAACGAGAUGGCUGCGGGAAUUUAGAAUUCGAUUUCAUGGGAUAAUCAAAUAUUUUAAAUUUUCAAUAUGCCUAAAUGUCUUUAUGGUGCCAGUGGAGAUCCUAAUCACAUUGACAGUUUUCAACGUAAGAUAAGUGCUAAGCCUGCAGUUGAUCGUAAGAGUUCCAUCGAUCGGAGGAGCUUAGCUCUUUACCCACUCGCUAUUAACCCACAUUUCUUGUCUUAUCAAUCGGUUGGUUACCCAGCUAUUUCCGUAUUAGACAGUAACUAAGUAUGUCGUUAUAUAAACCAACAGCGGCCACAUGGCCAUCAAAUACUAAUUCUAGGUAAGCAGGCGACGAAUUUCUUAUUUUACGAUUUCGUUGCACCCCACUUUUGGGCGUACUAAAAGUAUGUGGCCAUAUCUUAUCUCGAUUCAAAGUAAAAAUAUAUACCCACAUCGGUAUGACCCCUUUGGCUCCCCGACGAAGUUUCUCCGCGCCGAUAAGCCGUGAGUAAACUUCUUGACAUGGACCUGUCCCGGGUCACAAGUUUCACAGGCACAAGUUUCUGCACGAAAGACAUUUGCACCAAAAACUCUAUCAUCGAACUAUAUUUAGAGGGUUCCUAAUGCAUUUCACUAGCUUAUACUGUAUUUAUUUGUCUCUGUUGCCAGUUGACAGUGUUUUGGAUGAUUUUUCGUUUAUGACAUGCCCGUCAUAGUUUUGCAACCUUAUAAGUAUUUCCCCACUGAUAGCACACCGAUAGCUCGAGUAUUGCGCUUGCACAUAUUACAAAACACGGAGAGACCGAAGCACGAGUGCAGCUUAUGAAAGAUCUGUAUUCUUGCCUAACAUUUCCUGAAUGACCGCGCCAAAUUAGCCGCCGCAAAGAACUUAAUGAAAUUUACCAUUUUCAAUUCCAUUCUGGGGUAUUCCCACACAAAGUUGAUUAAAAUCUACGUGCCCCGAUUGCCAAACGUAUUCAAAAACUGCAAUCUCAGGAAGGCCGAACAAUGGCACAUUCAAAAUGGAGGUGAAAACUUGGCAGAAUUGGAAGGCGCACAGCGAACACGGACGUCGACGGGAUCGAGGAUUAGAGCAGGAGGAGGAGCUGGAGACGGCGGAGGAGGACGGCCAGCCAGGAGGAGAUUAUUCAAAUGAUUGGAAAUUAUCAUGUGCUUGCAUCCAUUUUCGGGGCUGCCAGUUGCCGGGCUAUAUGCUUGAUGCUUCCUGGCCCAGGUUCGGUGUGCAAACAACAAAUUGCAUUUGUCAUCUGCUGCAUAAAUAACGAGAUAAUACCGUAACAUAAUAACUGUCAAUGGGAGCCCUUCCACAGCGAUGCAGUCGUGAAUGCCAUCCGAUCUGAUCCGCGCCGCUGCGAAGCUGGAGAUCGAUGACGAAAUGGAGCUGUCAAUUCGACUGCGAGAGCUCAGCUGGCGGACUACUGUUCUCUUGGCUGCCCCACAAUUGGCCAACUAACCAACCGUGCGCGAUAACGAUGACGAUGGGAUUGCGAAAUAUCCAAGCAAGCAAGCCACUCAAAUCAAGUUUUUCCGCCAAACGAAUGCCGCGCAGAAAAUAUGAAAAUGCAAGUGGUUUCAUUCAGUUUUCAUUUGCUGCUCGCUGACGCUGGUCGCUUGGCCAUUCCUCGAAUAUCGACCACUAAUUUGGAUUCGGAUUAAUAUGGCGAUGGCCCGCAUGGAACUGAUUGUGCUGCUGGUGGCAUUUACCACUUGCCUAGUUCGAGCCGAAGAUGGUUUUUUGAAAGAGCCGCCAGAUUACAUCAAAGAGUGUAGGAUAGCCGACAAGGACUUUGUCAACUGCUCGACCCACAGCAUCCAGCAGCUUUUCGAUAAACUCAACGAUGGCAUUCCCGGGCUCACCAGCAUCAAGAGCUUCGAUCCCUUCUAUCUCAACCGCAUCCGGAUCACGCAGGGCAAUAGCAACGCGAUCAACCUCAAGGUGGAGCUGGCCAACGUGAAGAUCGUUGGGUUCGGGCACACGAACGUCCUGGAGAGUCAGGUGUUUAAGAAGGACUACAGCUGGAAGACCACCUUUACACUGCCCGAGAUGAAGCUCCAGGCGGACUACAGUCUCUUCGGUAGGAUCCUGCUCAUCCCGCUCAACGGAAAGGGUCAGGUGUUCCUGGACGCGGAGAACAUGACGGUCACCAUGCACACGAAGACGCGGCUCUACUCCAAGGGCGGGUUCACUUUCUACAACGUGACCAACCUGCACGUGGACUUUAAAAUGGACGGGCUCAAGUCGUACUUCUCCAACCUGUUCAAUGGCAAUAAGCAACUGGAGGACAGCACCAACAAGUUCUUCAACGACAACUGGCGGAUGCUGGCCGAUGCCCUGUACACGGUCAUCACCCAGACCAUCGAGGACAUUCUGCUGGAUGUGCUGAAGAAGAUCUUCCACUUCAUUCCAGCCAACUUCUUUGUGAGCGACAUCCCGACGCCGGAACAGCUUUAUGGAAGGGCCAAGCCGAAACCGAAAUGAGGAAAUUGUCCGUAGAAUUUGGGAGUGGGAAUCCUGUGAAAAGUAGCCAAUAAAGUUUGUGGAAAAA